AUGGCAGUGGGUCGUGUAGCAGGAACAGGAAAUAUCGGAUAUUCAACAAACUAUCGCGGUGGAGCAUCAAAUCUUUCCACUCCCGUCAACAAGAAGCAGAAGAAAAAACGGAAGCUAAAAGAGAAGCUUCGAGCAAUGGAGCAACUCGGUGUUCUCGUCCAUCGCCGCGGUAUGGCCAAAGGUAAGGUAACCAAAAUUUUAAGUACCAUUCAACCCCAACACGAAGACAAUCUAGUGCUUAGUCAGGCACAAAUUAAAGUGUACACCAAGAAAUUGGAAUCUGCUCAAAAGGAGUAUGAAGUCCUGCAAGAGAAAAUAUUGGAGCUGGUAUCUGCUGAGGACAUGGAUGCUCAUGACCAACACUUCGAAGCCUUCGACGAUUUGUGUGACAUGGUAGGAAUCAUCCUGGAGGAACAGGGUGAAUCUGGUGUGCCUAUCGCAGCAAACUCCAUUCCACCGAAUGCUGCCACUUCACUGGUGAUCCAUCAACCUCUCAGAAUGCCCAUUCCCACUUUCGAUGGAAGGUAUGAAAGCUGGCCGAAGUUUAAGGCAAUGUUCAUGGACCUAUUGGACAAAGCACCCGAUCCGCCAGCUGUUAAGUUGUACCAUCUCGAUAAGGCAUUAGUGGGUAGUGCAGCUGGUUUAAUAGAUGCGAAAACGAUUAAUGAAGGCAAUUAUGCACACGCUUGGGAAAUUCUCGAGGAGAGGUACGAGAACAAACGACACGCUAUCGACUGUUAUAUUCACGGCCUUUUGAAUCUAACCAAAAUGUCUAAGGAAACAAAUGGCGAGCUCAGGAAACUGAUAGACGAGUGCACAAGGCACGUCGAGAGUGUGAAGUUUUUAGAGCAACCUUUCACCGGAGUGUCGGAACAAAUAGUGGUCCACUUGCUUGCAGUAGCAUUGGAUAAAGAAACUCGAAGACGCUGGGAAUCCACUGUGAAGCAUGGGGAACUUCCUGGAUAUGACAUGAUGCUGAAGUUUUUAAAAGAGCAAUGCUUCGUUUUGGAGAGAUGCGAAAGUACCAAUCCCAAACAAUCCGCAACUCAAGUCAAACCUAUAAAUAUCCAGAGUAAGGCAUCUUUCGCCAAAUCACAUGCAUCUACUGCAUCCGCUGAAUCCGAGUACAAAUGCGACUUCUGUGGCAAGGGCCACCUAAACUACACUUGUCCAGAAUUCAAAGCGCUUCCCUUACAGCAACGAUUGUCUAAGGUUCGAGAAAGAAACACUUGUUUUAAUUGCUUAAGGAAAGGCCAUCGCAGUAGAGAUUGCCCUUCCGAUAAAACAUGCUUCAAAUGCAAUAGGAAGCAUCACAGUCUACUCCACGCGGAAGCAAAAACAAGUUCUCCAGUAACAAAGGAGAGAAGUUCAUCCAGAGAAGCUGAUACUCAAACAGUUAAGAAACCGACGCAAGAAGAAAAUCAUCAGGAACAAACACAACUUACUGCUGCCACCUGUUCGAGUGUACUUCCAAUACAGCAUAUACUUCUUCUCACAGCCGUUGUAGAGGUGAUGGACAAAAACUACAAACCCCACCCGUGCAGAAUUUUAUUGGAUAGUGGAUCCCAAGCCAAUCUGAUUUCGCAGUCCAUGAUAAAUGCAUUAGGAUUGCAGCAGUUUCCAUUAAAGGUAACCGUAAAGGGAGUAAAUAGCACGAAGAGCCAUUCGUCAAUGAGCAGCAUAGUCCAAAUCCGAUCUAAAUAUUCAGACUUCAGAGCGAGUCUUCAAUGUUUGGUGACGGACAACGUGACGGCAGACUUGCCCACUUCAAGCUUCGAUGUUAGUAACUGGGUGCUUCCAACAGGUGUUCAACUCGCCGAUCCGACGUUCCAUCAAACUGGCAAAAUAGAUAUGUUGAUUGGAAGCCAGUGGUUCCUGAAAUUGCUAUUGCCAGGAGAGAAAACAUUAGCCGAAAAUCUUCCCGUACUUAAGGAGAUUCAGUUCGGUUGGGUCCUGGGUGGCAGCUAUGGAGGCGAGACAACAUCUAACUACAUAGUACAUUCACAUGCUGCAACGUUUGAUGAUUUGGAUCAUCUUAUCUGUUGGUUUUGGGAGGUCGAAGAAGUUUCCAACGAUGCACAUGGUUCCAAUGAAGAAGAAUGCGGGCAGCAUUUCCUAAACACUCAUCGACGAGAUGCUUCUGGCAGAUACAUUGUUCAGUUGCCUCUCAAGGAUUGUUUUAAUGAGCUUGGCGACUCCAGAGCCAUGGCGCUACGAAGAUUCUACGCAUUGGAAAGAAGGUUGAAUCAGCAUACUGAUUUGAAGCAGCAAAACUCAGAGUUCAUGAGUGAGUACGAAGAUCUUGGACACUGCAAAGAGAUCAAUGAAUUCAACGAUCCACCACAUAUAAGCAAAUGGUACCUACCUCAUCAUGCUGUUAUUCGACCAUCAAAUACAACCACUAAGUGUCGUGUCGUAUUCGACGCUUCCGCAAAGGUGUUUGGCCGCUCCCUGAAUGAUGUCAUGAAGAUAGGUACUAUUAUUCAGAGCGACUUGCAAUCAAUCAUCCUACGCUUCCGUGAACCUCGCUAUGUUUUGACUACAGACAUAGCGAAAAUGUAUAGGCAGAUUGUUGUUGACGACUGCCACACUCCGUUGCAAAGAAUAUUCUGGCGGAAAGAUUCAUCGAGCGUCGUGCGUGUAUUGGAAUUAACAACGGUUACAUACGGCACGGCAUCUGCACCCUUUUUAGCCACAAGGGCCCUUAAGCAGCUGUCCACCGACGAACGAGAUAAGUUUCCUAUGGCAGCUGAUAUAGUCGACAAAAAUUUCUACGUCGAUAAUGGCUUGUUUGGAUACGACGACUUAUCACAAGCACGUGAUGCGCAAAACCAAUUGAUUCACUUGCUGAAGGCCGGUGGAUUCCAUUUGCACAAAUGGUCAUCGAAUAGUCUAGAGCUGUUGGAGACCAUUCCUGAAGCGGAUCGAGAGCAGCUAGUAAGUUUUGAAGAAUCCGGAGCCAAUGAAGUCAUUAAAAUGCUUGGAUUAAUGCGGAAUCCUUCAACGGACGAGCUGCUGUUCGUAUCAAUGCCCACCUGUGAUAUAGAAACGCCAACCAAACGACAAGUUUUAUCCUUGAUAGCCAGAAUGUUUGAUCCUUUGGGGUUGGUGUCUCCAGUAGUUAUCAUUGGCAAACUUCUUAUGCAGCAAACCUGGAAGGAAAACAUUGAUUGGGAUGAACAAAUUACAGGAGAGUUGUUGAAAAAUUGGAAAUACUUCCUUGUGACCAAUGCUGCUCACUUUGGGCUGCAUGGCUUUGCGGAUGCUUCUCAAGGUGCAUUAGAAGCCUGUGUCUACAUUCGAUCCGUGAUCCCUGGUCUGGAUGCCGUAGUUAAACUACUUUGUGGGAAAUCGAAAGUAGUUCCAAAGGCAGCUCUCACAAUUCCUCGCAAGGAACUAGCGGCUGCGUUACUGCUGCAUCGUCUCGUGCGAAAAAUUAUUUCUUCCUCGAAUUUGCUUUUCAGUGCAAUCGUGUUGUGGUCUGACGGCCAAGUGGUUCUCGCAUGGUUGAAGAAAAAUCCCAGCCUACUAGAAAUUUUCGUGCGAAACAGAGUAUGUGAAAUUAUCUCUACUGAGAAUGAUUUUGAAUGGAGAUACGUAAAAACUUCCGAGAAUCCAGCCGAUGUGGUUUCUCGGGGUCAAUCAGCCAUUAAGUUAGCAACUAACAAUUUAUGGUGGAGUGGUCCAUUGUUCUUGAAAAGUGAUCCUUACGAGCUUGAAACUCCUACCCAACUAUGCGAUGAUGAUAUUCCAGAAAUGAAGUGUGUUGCCGUGGUGCAUACGGUUGGGCGUUAUGGAAAAUUACCAGUUUUCCAAAAAUUUGAAUCUUUUCGUAAAUUACAAAAAGUUAUUGCAUAUGUUCUACGAUUCUGCAAGAACGCGAAGGAGAAAUUAGCGGAAACCCGUAUCCUGAAAAAAUACCCUACUAUGACCGAGAUGAACGAAUCCAUGAAGGUGAUUGUUAGAGUGAUUCAAUAUCAAGAAUUUGCAGAUGAGAUAGCCCGUUUGAAAUCAGCGACUCUUCGGCGUCAGUUUUGGGUUCCGAAUGGUCGUUCUGCUGUGCGUAAGAUCACUCGUAGCUGUGUCCAGUGCUUUAAGACCAAACCGACAACGGUAGGUCAGUUCAUGGGUGACCUGCCAGCCAGUCGUUGUGAACGAGCACCAGCUUUUCAAAAGGUUGGACUCGAUUAUGCUGGACCUAUUCUUUUGAAGCAACCUGGACAAAAGGCAGUUGCUGUUAAGGGGUACAUUUGUAUCUUUGUGUGUAUGGUGACCAAGGGUAUUCAUCUGGAAGCAGUCGAAAGCCUAUCAACCGAUUCAUUCAUCGCAGCGUUACACCGGUUCGUAUCCCGACGAGGAGUACCAGAGGACAUGUUCUCUGACAAUGGGACCAACUUCGUUGGUGCAAAGAACCGACUGCAUGAAUUGUACCAAAUGUUUAAACAGCAGUUAACGGAAAGGAAGCUGUUUGAAUUUUGUCAACCUAGAAAAAUUAACUGGAAAAUGAUUCCACCAAGUGCUCCUCACAUGGGGGGAAUAUGGGAGCAGGUGUAA